UGUAUUUACACAAGUUCAAUGAUAGCUUGGUUACCAAUACAGUAGGCGUAAGCAAAGGAAGAAAAGAGAUGGGUACGGGAAGUCGAGCGCGGGGACUGGUAGUGAAGACCCUGCUACUGAUUGGAGGCGCGGUUUUGCUCAAGCGGCUCACCAAGUCCACCACUCGCUGGGACCAUGCUCGCAUAGUUGGUAACUCCCUCACUGGCCAAAAGUUUUCCAUGGAGCAAGCAUCCAGAGCUCCUGACAAUUACUUCAAUUUCAGAAUGCUUACGUGCCCAGCAGCAGAGAUAGUUGAUGGGUCAAAGGCUUUAUAUUGUGAACAAGCAUUCUGGAGGACUCCCCACAAGCCCUUUCGGCAGAGAUUCAACAUGGUCAAGCCUUGUCCUAAAGAGUUGAAAUGUGAUGUUGAGGUAAGUUCAUAUGCUAUUAGGGAUGUGGAGGAAUACAAGAACUUCUGUGACCGCCCAAAGGACCAGCGCCCGCUGCCUGAAGAAGUUCUUGGGGACAUUGGGGAGCAUUUAACAACAAUACAUCUGAAACGCUGUGAGCGUGGAAAACGCUGCUUAUAUGAAGGUUCAACUCCACCUGGCGGGUUUCCUAAUUCAUGGAACGGGGCAACGUACUGUACUUCGGAGCUUGCAAUCUUGAAGAAUAACGAGAUACAUACAUGGGACAGGGGCUAUGAUGAAGAUGGAAAUCAAGUUUGGGGAGCGAAGGAAGGUCCUUACGAGUUCAAGCCUGUACCUGCCUCUAGUUUCAAUGACACGUUUUCUCCUUUAGAUUGCCCUCCUUGGCAAUCGAUGGAGAAACGAAUACAGGGUUCAUUUAUUUUGCAAGACUGAUCACUUGUCACAUAUAGCAAUUAUAUGUAAAUCUCUCCGCAUUCUUAAACUCCUAUCAAAUAAUGACUCAGAAUUUUGUUUCGUGGAA